CUACCCCGCCUCCGCAUCCCCUCCGGCGCCAGCUUCCAGAAAGCUCCCGGUGAAUUCCACAGCAUUCUUUGGGCGUGAGUCAUGCAGGUUUGCAGCCAGCCCCAAAGGGGGUGUAGACGAGACAGAGCGCUAUAAAUACGCGCGCCUCACGGUGCUCACCACGCGGUGUCGCCAGGAGCUGCGCACGGUCGCCGGGCGCCGCUGACCGAGGCCUGCUGGGAUUCCAGAAUUGGAGAGGGAGGCGCCAUGAAGACUGUCCUGCUGCUGGUGGGGCUGCUGCUGACCUGGGAGAAUGGACGGGUUCUGGGAGACCAGAUGGUCUCAGACACAGAGCUCCAGGAAAUGUCCACCGAGGGGAGUAAGUACAUUAAUAAGGAAAUUAAAAAUGCUCUCAAGGGGGUGAAACAGAUAAAGACCCUAAUAGAACAAACAAACGAGGAGCGCAAAUCACUGCUCAGCAACUUGGAAGAAGCCAAGAAGAAGAAAGAGGAUGCCCUAAAUGAUACCAAGGAUUCGGAAACGAAGCUGAAGGCGUCACAGGGGGUGUGCAAUGACACCAUGAUGGCCCUCUGGGAGGAGUGUAAGCCCUGCCUGAAACAGACCUGCAUGAAGUUCUACGCCCGCGUCUGCAGAAGCAGCUCGGGGCUGGUUGGCCACCAGCUUGAGGAGUUUCUGAACCAGAGUUCUCCCUUCUACUUCUGGAUUAAUGGCGACCGCAUCGACUCCCUGCUGGAGAAUGACCGGCAGCAGACUCACGCCCUGGACGUCAUGCAGGACAGCUUCAACCGGGUGUCCAGCAUUAUGGAUGAGCUUUUCCAGGACAGAUUCUUCGCCCGUGAGCCCCAGGACCCUUACCGCUACUCACCCUUCAGCUCAUUCCAGAGGAGGCCUUUCUUCUUCAAUCCCAAGUCCCGCUUCGCCCGGAACAUAAUGCCUUUCCCUGGUUACCAACCCUUGAAUUUCCACAACAUAUUUCAGCCCUUCUUUGACAUGAUACAUCAGGCUCAGCAGGCCAUGGAUGUCAACCUGCAUAGAAUCCCUCACUUCCCAAUGGAAUUCACAGAAGAAGAGAACCAGGACGGCGCCGUGUGCAAGGAGAUCCGUCACAACUCCACUGGGUGCCUGAAGAUGAAGGACCAGUGUGAAAAGUGCCAGGAGAUCUUGUCUGUGGGUGAGUCGGGGAACCUUCGAUCCCUGGUACCUCACCGGGGCUCCCUUUAUGGGGUCAGGCACAUGGGACUUGAAAUUCCAGCUCUGCUGACUUCUAGCUGUGGCACUGGGGGGAGAGGGGGUCCUUGGCCCUGCUCCAUGUGGGCCCUCAUCUGUAGACAAGGGCUAAGAGGUAGGGUUGUCCCUGAAAUUGGGAGACAUCUUUUUUUGAUUUCCCCAGCUACUCUCUUCCCAAGGGCCGUGCCGGGUAGACCUCCCUAUUUUUUUCUGCAGAUGAUGGAUUUUUAGAUAAUAUGUAUUCUG